AUAGGUCAUCAAUGGAUAUUUUUGUUGAGAUAAAUUAGAGUUAUAUUUGUUGUUCUUUCUACGAACUCAUCAAUGGAUAUUUUUCUUACAAAUAAAAUAUCCUGCAAGCAUCCUAAAAUUGAGGGUCUAUGGAGCUAGGAGAGAGAUGACCCAAGAUUACAUCCUUAAGAAAGGUUUCUGUUGUCAUGGCUGAAGUAACUGCUUGUUUUGAUGGCUCUGACAUUCAGAGUGGUACAUUGUUUACCAUAACCAGUUCACUUGGCUGUUUAUUGCUGCUGUUAGACACUUGGGCACUUGUUGAUGCUACUGCAGAAGGAUAUAAUUAAUUGACGCAAGCUGCUUGUUCUUGGAGAUGUUAAUCAACAAAGGUUGUCUGGAUAAAGUUCCUCUUUGAACCAACAAAGAAUGACUAUUGCCUUGGAAACAAAUUUUUGAGCUGCUUUCACUGUUGGGCAGUAUGUGCGGUCACCAUAGGAGAUGAUGCUGUGAUCUUAGCUUUCAGAGCUGUUGAUGAUGUGAAGAGAAAGUUGAUGCCUUAAUUUCAGCCUCAGUCCAUCCUGAAAUGCAGAAAUUAAUUUGUGCUUACGUACUGGCUUUGGGGUUUGGGUUUGUAUUGGUUAUGUUCAUUUGCUUCUUAUUUUGAGAUCCUUGGUGUAAGGUAUAAGGGAUGCCUUAUUUUGUUU